UUCUGCACUAGCCACAAUUGGAAAGGACUCCUUCUUCUCCUCUUUUAACCUCCCUGUGGCUAAAGUUGUUAUUGUGAUUUGAUUCCACUUGUGCUGCUCUCUACUCAUCUCAUCUCUCCCAUAUUCAUUGCACAAAUGCUUCUCAGACACUCAACAAGACAAGCUACAAAGAGCUCUCUCUUGAAGAUUACAAAUCAAGCAAGGCUUAUCUCCAAGUCUUCCUCGAAGAGAGCUGUCGUUGGCCCUUCUCGUACAACAAAUGUGGCCAAUACAGCACCUUCGAACCCAGCAAUGUCAUUCCCUUGUUUGGACAAACUCCAGGAGAAGACCGAUCUGCUCUCAAACCAACACAAUCCCUUUGAUGAUACCGAUAUAAAGACGAAUGAGCUUCCAGAGCCAGUUUAUGCCCGUGUUCAGUCGGGAUUCAAAGUGUUUAAGAGCACAGAGCCUUUGUUUCUAGAUUACGGUGGGUAUUUACCAGAGUUUGAAGUAGCCUAUGAACAUUGGGGAACUUUGAAUGAUGACAAGACGAACGCUAUCUUGCUCCAUACAGGUCUUUCAGCUUCUUCCCAUGCAAAGUCCCAGAUUGAGAAUGAAAAGCCAGGCUGGUGGGAAGACUUUAUCGGGCCUGAUAAGCCAUUAGAUACAAACAAAUUCUUUGUCGUAUGUACCAAUGUUGUUGGCGGGUGCUACGGUUCCACCGGUCCUUCGUCCGUUGACCCUGCCAAUGGUGAAAGAUACGCUACAAGUUUCCCAAUCCUCAGUAUAUCAGACAUGGUUAGGGCCCAGGAACGUCUAAUGCGUGAGGAAUUUGGAGUCAUGAACCUAUACGCCUCUGUGGGCUCUUCAAUGGGUGGAAUGCAAUCGCUUGCCUAUGCGCAUGAGUUCCCAGACAGGGUUAACCGUGUGGUUUCCAUCUCAGGGUGUGCUAGAUCGCAUCCUUACUCUAUAGCAAUGCGUCACACACAGAGACAGGUGCUCAUGUCUGACCCAAAUUGGAAGAGAGGCUACUAUUACGACUCCGUGCCACCACACGUUGGCAUGAAACUUGCAAGGGAAAUUGCAACUGUGACUUAUAGAUCAGGUCCAGAAUGGGAAAUUCGGUUUGGAAGAGAAAGGGCCAAACCAACAUCUGGUCCUGCUCUAUGUCCUGACUUCUUGGUUGAGACGUAUUUGGACCACCAGGGAAACAAGUUCUCACUUGAAUACGAUCCAAAUUCGUUAUUGUACGUCUCCAAGGCAAUGGAUUUGUUUGACUUGGGACACAGCAACAGAUCUCUUGCAAAAGAGAAGAGAUCAUCCACAGAGAGCGAAUACCUCAAAGGUGUUUAUGAUUCGUUUGUUGCAUCAGAAGUUUGUAUCAAGGCACCAAAUGAUGUCGAGAGUAUAAAAAGACGGACAAAGACACAGGAACAAGAGGCUGAUGAUCUUCUCAGAGGUAUGAGUCCAAUUGCAAGCAAGGAGGUGCUAGUUAUUGGAGUGAAGUCCGAUAUAUUGUUCCCACAUUGGCAACAGCAAGAAAUUGCAGAUGUUUUGAAGAAGGGAAACAUAAAAUUCCAUGGAGGUGAUGGCUCUAAUAUCCAUCACGUUGAACUCAGUGAAGAGACCAGUAUGUACGGUCAUGACACCUUCCUUUUGGAUCUCGAACACGUUGGUGGUCCAAUAAAAAGGUUCCUCUAAUCCAAAUUUACAUAUGCAGAUUUGUUUACAAUUGAAAAGGCAGAAAACUUCUA